UUGCUGUUGUAUGUACGAUGAAGUUUGAGAACAGGAUUGGCGACGAAAACAGCGGAUGAACAUUCUAUGAAAAGAAGAUAUGAUUCGUCUGAAUGUUUUUGUGAUUCUCUUCGUUCUCGUGCCCCGCUCGGGCAAAGCUAAUCGUUGCAGUUUCUGUGGGUACGGGACGGUCUGUGACGGCCGGCGGUGCUCUUGCCGUGAUGGCUUUGAGGGGAAACGCUGGAGUUCGGGCCAGAGAAGCUUCGUCUGUACAGACAUUAACGAGUGUGUGAGUGGGGCCCACCGUUGUCUGACGGGAACACGUUGUGUGAACAGCGACGGGACGUACGACUGUAGGUGUCGCUCAGGAUGGCACGGGCCAUGGGUCACCGCACACGGACAGUUUAUCUGCACAGAGAAAAGCCUGUGUGACAGUGUGUAUCACCGCUGUGGGACGGGCACUUAUUGUUUAGCCUCUAACACCACCUCAUACAGGUGUGUUUGCUCCCUGGGCUUCAGUUCUCGAACAAUCUCGGAGGUGGACGAGAUCUAUACCUGUUCAGACAUAGACGAGUGUCGGAAGAGCAGAGCCAAGGGUCCAGUUUGUGGGAAGAACUCACUAUGUACGAACACACUCGGCUCCUUCCGCUGUAAAUGUGUGAACGGCUUCCGGUCAGCCUGGAAGGACAACAUCAACUGUAACAUUAAAGUGGCAACUCAGCAAUCUGUAGCGGCACAAAGUUUCGAUGUGCACAAGAUUGGCCUUGCUGUUGGAGUAAGCGUCGUUGUUCUCGGCCUGACGCUGCUUAUACUCUGCGUUCUUCACAAACGAAAGAAACGCUCACGCAAGUGUUCUGUCAAAAGGCUUUACCAUAAAAAUGGACAACCAAUCAAAAUAUCGGUAUUGACAGGGCGGGAGUCAAGUUACGUCAACGUCAUUUUGACGUCACAAGAGGACAAGAAUUCUCCGGAUAACGGCAUCCUGGGAGAAAAGGUAGAAGACGCCAAACAGAAAGGCCAUAUUUAUUCCAACGAAAUCGAAUUGGAAGUGAACCUUGCGAAAGAUCAGAGUAAUUUUAGGAAAACAAACACAUUGCCGUCCCUGGAAUCUGGGUACGUCAAUCACGACACCAUCAAGAAAGCCAGGCGUUCACUCUCACACAAUGGAACAGCCCGAUGUAAGAUCAACAUCCGAAGACCCUUCAGUGACAGCUCUGUGCGCGUCUCCGGCAUCUCUGAUGAGCUUCAGCACAAAUUUUCACUGCUAAGAAAGAAAAAUGACGGUGAUUUCGAGAAGUUACCAGCGUCCCGUGGGGAUUAUGAUCGCCUGCAGAGAGGCAGUACGGUGUCCCCUCGUCCGUCAGUAGAUAAGCGUGCCGAACAUAUCUACGCUUCUCCUGACCCGGAAGACACCGAGGAUGACCUCUCCGCCUCUGGCUCGGUGUUUGACAUUUACCAGCCCGUCCCUGAUGACAUCGUCACCGAUAGUACAUCUCUGAUGGACAUCGAAGCCAGUACCAUAUACGAGCCAGUUAUCUACAGCAUACCCAACAAACCUCCAAAGCAGGAAAGAAUUUAUGCCAAUGAUAUUCCAAAGUGUGACCAACUUCUAGGCCCUUUAGCUGUGGACUGACCUCUAUAACAACCGACAAAAAAUCUUAUGAAGAAGAAAGCAGGGCCACUUUCAUAAAACUUCAUAAAAUCAUAUUUCACGUAACCUUUUUCGUAGAAGACCUUGUCUAGGUUGUAGCUUCGUAAGGUGACGUGAUUUAUGAGAAAAGUUAUAUAAAGCUCGAUUUGUUUUGCGAAUGUGAUUUGUAGAGAAGCGGCUAGAAUCUUAUGCCAUUAUUCAUUUGAUUGGUAUUUUACGCUUUAAUCAAAGAUAUUUCUCUUAAUACGACGAUCAGCAUUGGUUGGAAGAAACGGAACAGAGCUUGGGGAAAACUCACGACCAUCCACUGGUUGCUGGCAGUCGUUCUCGCGAACGACCGAAGAAGCAGGCGGCGUGAGCUGGACUUGAGCUCUCAGCGACUGCAUUGAUGAGAGUCUUCUGGACCUCUUUUGCACUCUGUUCGUUCCGAUGUAGGAUAUUAAAAGGCUAGAAUGUUAGAGUUUAAUUAAUUAAACACAAUUAAGCUUGUACUCAGCUAGCCUACAUGACAUAUUAUACUACACGUGUUAGAUGUGAUAUACCUAAAUACAGUGUAUCGGCGUGUUAAAUACUAUAGGUGACACAGUAUCUCUGUAUACGACUGUACUUCUCCCAACCGUUCAUUGAACUCAAUGAAAU